AUGGCAGCUGUCUGUAAGCUUAUACGCUCACCAUCAGGGCAAACGACAACUUAUCUACACACUGCUGCUUAUCAAGACUAUGUAGUAGAUCCUGUUGCCGGUAAGCCACAACCUCGUGCCCAGUAUGACUCGCAUUUACCCACGACACCACUGCAGAAAUUCAUAUUGUCAAUCACAUCGGCGUUUGUGGUAUUUGCCAACCCUGAGCGUGGUGAUAUGCUGGCUAUUCUAGGAGAAACGACGGGUCAUGAUGCACUACGUCAUAUUCAUGCACGAAUGUGUGCAGAUCCCGUGGGUGCACGUAUUUUGGCAGAGAAACCGGUGAUCCGCAAUGACAAGAUGGAUAUGAACUACCUACGCAAUCUUCCUGUCAACACGUUUGGUUAUCAUUAUGCAAAGUUUAUGGAUUUACACAAAUUUGAUCCUGAUGGUCGCUCACUUGUCCGCUUUGUGGACGACCCAGAGUUGGCUUACGUGAUGCAGCGCCAUCGUGAGUUGCAUGAUUUCUGGCACACACUAUUUGGUCUACCUCCUACAGUCUUGGGUGAGAUUGCACUUAAAUACGUUGAAAUGGUGCACUCCAAGAUGCCAGUGAGUGCGCUUAGUGCCUUUGUAGGCCCACUUCGUCUUUCGAGCAAGGAGCGCUGUCUGCUGGUGAGAGUGUAUAUUCCCUGGGCCAGCCGCGUCUCAGAGAAAACACGCUCUUUGCACUGCGUAAUGUACGAAGAGGAAUUUGAGACACCAAUUGAAGAGUUGCGUCAGCGUUUGAACAUUGAGAUUGCUCCUUUGCUUUAA